UUCGUCCGUGGUACACAGAGGUCAGUAGCUAGUCAACGUAAAAAUGGCGGCUGCCUGCAGAGUCCGGCAUGCGAUAAAAUUAGGAAAAUUGUUUUCCAAGUCCAUUAACUACAGCCACAGACUUGGAAUCCUUGAAAGCCGACUGCUACGAUCACCAGGACUGUCGUCGUUAUCGUUGAGAAAUGCGAGAUUCCUGUCCUCCCAAGCUGCUCCUGAGAGUGCCACAGACGUGGAGUACCAUAACAUUGUCAAAAACACCGAAAAACCGACAGGUGAAAGUGCACAACAUGAGUUCCAAUCAGAGACUCGAAUGCUCUUGGAAAUCGUCGCAAAAUCCUUGUAUUCCGAUAAAGAGGUGUUUGUUCGUGAAUUGAUAUCCAACGCCAGUGAUGCCCUCGAGAAAUUACGAUACCUCAGGCUGAGUAAGAAUUUAUCCCCUGAGGAAGGUGGAGACAGAGAGCUGGAGAUCCACAUCGUAACUGACAAACAGAAUCGGACAUUGACAAUUCAAGACACAGGAAUUGGAAUGACUCGAGAGGAGUUGGUGUCUAACCUGGGGACUAUUGCACGAUCUGGCUCGAAGGCGUUCCUGGAACAGUUGAAGGAAAAACAGGCAGCAGGAGACUCUGCCAGUAUCAUUGGACAAUUUGGAGUGGGAUUUUACAGUGCAUUCAUGGUUGCUGACAAGGUUGAAGUAUUCACAAAGUCUUAUGAACAGAAUGUCGAAGGUCUCCACUGGUCCUCUUCUGGGGCCGGCACUUACGAUAUAUCUCAAGCAGAUGGGGUUCAGCCAGGGACUAAAAUCGUGAUGCACCUGAAAGCCGACUCUAGGGAGUUCAGUGAUGAAGAAACUAUUAACCGGAUCAUCAAGAAGUACAGCAACUUUGUGGGCAGUCCAAUCUAUGUGAAUGGCAAACGUGUGAAUGUAAUCCAGCCAAUUUGGAUGCUUGAUCCGAAGGAAGUGACAGCCGAGCAGCACGCCGAAUUUUAUCGCUUCAUUUCAAACUCAUACGAUGCACCUAGAUUUAUCCUUCAUUACACUGCUGACGUGCCUCUGAGUAUUAGAGCACUGUUGUACUUCCCAGAUGAUAAGCCAGGGCUUUUUGAGCUCAGCAGAGAUACAUCAGUUGGGAUAUCUCUCUACAGCAGGAAAGUUUUAAUCAAAAGCAAGGCUGAUAAUCUGUUACCAAAAUGGUUGCGUUUCGUCAAAGGAGUUGUUGAUUCCGAGGAUAUUCCCCUGAAUUUGAGUCGUGAAUUAUUGCAAAAUAGUGCUCUCAUCAGUAAAUUGAGGGCUGUUCUAACAGCAAGAAUUUUGAAAUAUCUCAACGAAAGGUCGACGAAACAACCGGACGAAUAUAAUGAAUUUUACAAGGACUAUGGACUAUUCUUGAAGGAGGGAAUUGUCACUAGUCAUGAUCAAAGCGAAAAAGAAGCCAUUGGCAAACUCCUCCGAUUCGAGUCGUCGGCGAAGCCAGCUGGAGAGCUGGUCAGCUUGCCCAAGUACUCCGAGGGGCUCUCACAAGAUCAGAAACAUAUUUAUUACCUGUCUGCUCCGAGUCGAACACUAGCAGAGCAAUCCCCUUACUACGAGUCCUUCAAAAAACGAAAUUAUGAGGUCCUCUUCUGCUAUGAGCCAUACGACGAAUUAGUUCUCAUGCAAUUGGGUCGUUUUGGCUCUCGUUCGCUCACAUCAGUGGAAAAAGAAAUGAGGGAUGAUGUGGAGUCUACGAAGGAGAGCACAAUCGAUGCGAUAAAUAAACAGGAAGUCGAUACUCUCCUCGGUUAUAUGAAGAGCGUCCUCUCGAAGAAGGCGUCUGAGGUAAGAACGACAAAUCGUCUUGAAUCUCAUCCCUGUGUCAUCACAGUCCAGGACAUGGCAAGUGCCAGACACUUCAUCAGGACCCAGAGCCAUCAGCUAAAUGAGGAAACGAGGUAUAAUCUACUCCAGCCACGUCUCGAGAUCAAUCUCAAUCAUCCAAUCAUCAAGAAACUGACGACGCUGAUUGAUUCAGACCCUAAAUUGGCCGAACUAUUGACCCAACAGCUCUUCACGGCUGCUAUGGUGGGAGCUGGACUCGUUGAAGACCCAAGAAUCCUGCUGACAUCCAUGAACGAGUUAUUGACAAAGGCAUUGGAGAAGCACUAAUUAUUCGUCUUCAUUUAGGUGAACAUCUCAUGUGAAAAUGUAAGGGGAUUCUGUUCUGUAUAUAAGUGUAUUAAAUAAAUGGCGAAUUUACUGGUCA